AUGCUAGUUACUCAAGAUGAUGGCACCACUAAAGUAGUAAGAAAAAGAGAUGUUCGUGGUUAUUGUUGUUCUAAAUGUGGUGCAAAAGAUGCCACUCGUUGGAGACGAUUAUCUGAUGUUGGUGUUCAAUGUAAGGAUGAAAAGAAAUAA